GCGUCGUCUAUCGCUCCGCAGUCGCAUUUCUGACUCGAGAGUACGAGCUUGUGUCGUUCUAACCUCUUACGUUACAAUUGACGCGGUGGUGAUAGAAAAUCUUUUUCUUUCACUUUUAUAAAUACAAAGUAAAAACUUAAAUCUUUCUCUGUCUCGCUCUUUCUUUCUCUCGGUAUUUUUAGACACGAAGAGAAACACGUUUCUCUCAAAUACCGAUAUUACACCUGAGAAGAUGAGCACGCCGGUGAAGAAGGUGCCCAUCCACCUGCAGAGCGCGCAGAAUCGAUUAUUGAUCAAGAAUGGAAAAGUUGUUAACGAGGAUGGUAUAAUCGAUAGUGACGUUUACAUCGAGGAUGGCAUUAUUAGACAAAUGGGCCGCAAUCUCAUUAUACCGGGUGGUACAAGGACCAUCGAUGCACGUGGAAAAUACGUAAUGCCAGGUGGUAUAGACCCGCAUACUCAUUUUGAAUUGGAAUUAAUGGGUGCCAAAACAGUCGAUGAUUUUUAUCAAGGCACGAAAGCGGCAGUCGCCGGUGGUACGACCAUGAUUAUCGAUUUUGCCUUUCCUCAAAAGGAUGAAACCAUUCUCGAAGCUUAUGAGAAGUAUAGACAGAUUGCGGAUGAAAAGGUUUGCUGUGAUUAUGCUCUUCACGUGGCUGUUACAUCUUGGAGUCCAAAAAUAAAAGAAGAAAUGACGUUAUUGACGAAAGAACACGGCGUAAACAGUUUUAAAACGUUCAUGACUUAUUCUUUCAUGUUGAGGGAUAUUGAUUUAAUCGAAGUAUUCAAAGCUUGUAAAGAAUUGGGAGCAUUGGCUAUGGUUCAUGCCGAAAAUGGCGAUAUUAUUGCUGAGAAUAUUAAAAAAUUAUUAGCUGCUGGAGUGACCGGACCAGAAGGUCAUGAAAUGUCACGACCUGAAGAAGUUGAAGCGGAAGCAGUGACCAGAGCUUGUAUGAUAGCAAGUCAGGUAAAUUGUCCGCUGUACGUAUUGCAUGUGAUGAGUCGUAGUGGCGCAGAAGCCGUGGAAGCUGCUCGUAAACGCAAUGUUUGCGUCUUUGGCGAGACCUUGGCAGCUGCUGUUGGUACUGAUGGUACCAACUACACGCAUAAAUGUUGGAGGCACGCCGCGGGACACGUUUUAAGUCCACCUCUUAGGCCAGAUCCGAAUACACCUCUUGUACUUUUAAAUUAUUUGGCAAGGGAUGGUCUUCAAUUAACUGGCAGUGAUAAUUGUACCUUCAAUACCGAACAAAAAGCUUUGGGUAAAGAUGACUUUUCCAAAAUACCAAAUGGAGUUAACGGAGUCGAGGAUAGAAUGUCCGUGGUAUGGGAAAAAGGAGUACACGCAGGAAUCAUGGAUCCUACGAGAUUUGUUGCAGUUACCAGUACAAACGCAGCAAAAAUAUUUAAUAUUUAUCCUAGAAAAGGAGUGAUCGCUGUAGGCUCUGACGCCGACAUCGUUGUUUGGGAUCCUAAUAGGAAACGUACGAUUUCUGCUCAGACUCAUGUACAAGCUGUUGAUUUUAAUAUUUUUGAGGGUAUGGAAGUUCAUGGUGUACCUGAAUACGUUAUCGUAAACGGUCGUGUAUGUGUGGACGAGUGUGAAUUAAAAGCCGUUCAUGGUUUUGGAAAGUUCGUAGAGACACCAACGUUCUGCAAUUAUGUAUACGACAUGAUAGAAGAACGUGAGAAGAGACCUAGAGGUGUACCACGAACGGAAGCAGAAGCAAAGAAGUAUGCCGAGGAGGAUGCUGCUAUUGCUAAAGCUAGAGAAGCAGCAAAGGCAGCAGCCGCAGCAGCUGCUUUGCAUAAUAAUCAAACAAACGGUACUCAUGAAAGUCCUAAACCGAAAUUAGCACCAGUCGAUUGUAUACCCACUUUACCUGACUCUGCAAUUAUGACGCCAUCAUCAAAAGGUCCUCGAUUAGAAGGACAAAGAAAUUUACAGGAUUCUACAUUCUCUAUCAGCGAGGACGUCGAAGAGGCACGAAGAGCUUGCAUUCGUGUUAACAAUCCACCUGGUGGACGUAGUGCGGGAGGUUUUUGGUCUGUUCCAUCUAAGGAGGAUUUGGAGGCCACUACCCAGUAGGUUGUAUACUACUUGUAUUCAUUCACAUACACACACAACAUAUAUAUAUAUAUAUAUACAUAUAUAUAUAUAUAUAUAUAUAUAUAUAUAUAUAUCUUUCUACUUCUCGCUUCAUUAUCUCGCUUUUAUAAUCGCUUCAUUGUCAAGUUCCAUUGUCAUUCCAUUAUCGCUCCGUCGUCGUUUUGUCGUCGCUUCUCACAUUUUGACCUUGGAUUCUCUUAAUAUUCCAAAAAUACGUAGAAACAUGAUGUAUAAUUCAUGUGAACAAAAAAAUAAAUCUAUCUUCAAAAUUAUUCAUAUAUAAAUAUAUAAACUGUUGAUCAAAUGGAUGUAAAGAAAAAAAAAAACGACGAUUUAAAUCGUUUCAAUUUCCAAGGUCAAUUUUUGAGCUUUACCUAUUAUUAUUUAUUAAAUAGAUUACAAAACAUUUAAAGGAACUUUUCUCUCUAUCUUAUUCUCUCUCUUUCUCUCUUUGCUGUAAUACAUAAUUUUAUAUCUAACGUGUAGAUGUUAUCUUACGCGCUUAGUCAUUUUUAUAUACAGUUGCAUUGUCCUCAGGAUAGGAAACAAGAUAUGGAAAAAUCAAAAAGUAUUGUAAUUUCGUUUGUUUUUUCUUUUUUCUUUUUUCCUUUUUUCUUUUUUCUUUUAAAAUAAUUGAUACCUCUUAGAUCUCACAUUUUAUUUUUACCCAUGACAAUUACGUAUAUAUAUAUAUGUAUUCAUAUAUUUGAAGAUAUACGAAAAUUUUUGUUUCAUAGAUAUCAUCCUCGACAGCCAAAAAUAUGUUUUUCCAUAGGCAUUAAACUUUUUACCUCUUUAAAAAUGUGACUAAAGAAGGUGAUUGUUUAGAAUAUUACGAUCUUAAUCCUUCAUAUAAUUACAGAAACUGACAAAAAAAAAAAAAAAAGAGACAUUUUCUUUUGUUGCGAGAUAAAAUGUAUGUACUUGCAUUAUUAUUAUUUGUAUGUAUGUAUAUGUCUGCAAAAUCAAUAAUGUUGGAGUUGUAAAUGUCUCACAUACAACAGUCAUAAGUGUCUAAAGAUUGAUUGGUUUAUGAAGAGAUUUAAUAAUAUGUUUGUUUUAUAUUCGAAAUUUAUGUUAUAGUUGUAAUGUUAUGUCUUAUUACAGGUAAUGAUAAUAUAUUUGAGCAUAAGUACAAUUUAUUGCAGCCUUAAAAAAUAUUAUGUAAAUAUAAAAAAAAAAAAAAAAAAAAAAAAAAAAGAAAGAAAGAAAGAAAAGAAAAAUAUCAGUUAUAUAUAUAGUUUACAUUUAUAUUAUUAGCAACAAGAUGUAGUAUGCGAUUUGUUUAAACUUUAUCAAAGGUUUCUCAGUUAUUAACAAUAUUUCAAAGUGAAGCCUGGAAUUUGUUAAGAUUUUAACACAACCUUCAGUAUAUAUUUCUUGAUUAAUAUAUAUAUAUAUAUAGUUUUUAUUUGUAAGAUGUUAAUCUUGGAACUUUUAUGAUUUAUAUAUACAAUAUAAAAAGAACAGUAUAUAUAUAUAUAUAUAUAUAUAUAUAUAUAUAUAUAUAUAUAUAUAUAUAUAUAUAUAUAUAUAUAUAUAUAUAUAUAUAUAUAAAUUCUUCUAUUAAAGCGUAUUCAACAAACAAUGGCAGCUGAUGCACGAAUAACUCAAGUCGAUAAAAUUUAUUGUCUUCUUUAAUAUAGAUUUCGUAAUUAUGAGCUGCUGUGAAAGCUACACGUUACGCACAAAUGUUUUACAUCAAAAUGAUUAAAUAUUUAAAAUGUCCUUUCAUUAAAUGAGCAAUUUACAAAUA